AGCGAAAAGGUUUAUCAUUGUAUUCUCCUAAACCUUAAAACCUAGCGGUAACAACUAACAACUGAUCUGAACCCGACGAGGAGAGAGAGAGAGAGAGAGAGAGAGAGUUUGAAACUUGGAAAUGGCGUUUAGAUCCAAGGAAACGAUGAAGAAGCUCGUGAAGAACUUAGGGGGCGAGAAGAAUUUGGCGGGCAGAGCCAAAGAACGGCUGGAGAAAUUGCCGCCCAAGAGUACGGUCGUCAUGGGCCGCGCCCACCGCGGCCUCUACGCUGGCCGCCAUAUCCAGUUUGGCAACCAAGUCAGUGAAGACGGUGGAAACAAGACAAGGAGGAAUUGGAAACCCAAUGUGCAGGGGAAGCGACUCUUCAGUUACAUUCUAGAUCGCUUCAUUCGGGUUAAGGUGACUACUCAUGCCCUUAGAUGCAUCGAUAAAGCUGGUGGCCUUGAUGAGUACCUGUUGAAGACACCAUAUCACAAGAUGGAUGCAGAAUUUGGCCUAUUUUGGAAAGCUAAAGUUGAAAAGCUGUAUGAAGAGCUAGGCGAAAAGAAAGUCUUCGCUUCACUCGAGGAUGAGUCAAAGAUCAAAGAGAAAUUCAAGGAACUAAAAUUAGUUGAAAAGGCUCAUUGUAAGGAAGCCAGGAUAAAAAUGUAUGAUUGGAUACUGAAAUCGGAAAAAAUAGAGGAGGGAGGAGACGCCCCCGAAGCAACUAACAACGAAGCAUCAACGACAACUGGGGAAGCUUCAGCCUCGGAUACCGACUUCCAUAAACAGAUGGUGGCCAAUGCUUGAAUGCAACCGAGGUUUCCUAUCCUAAUAUCUUUCACCAAUUUGGUUAGUCCUACACUAGCAUUCAUUGCAGAUUUGGAGCUUGUUUUUCUCUUGCUGUAUUAAUACUGAUGUUGCCCUUGAAAGCUAGUGGCUAUUUUGCAGGGAGAAUUUGUAAGUCAUGUUAGUUCAUCAAACUUUUCAGCAUUUGUUGAGCUGUAAAAUCUGGCAACCAGCUUUUGAUAAGUUAGUGGAUUUAAAGAUGAAACCAAGCAAGAAUAACAAUUUUUUUUUUCCUUUCAAA